UUCCAGCUACCGUCAGACUCUGAAACGAUGCAUCAGACACUUGGAAGUGGCGCCCGUGGCCGCUGUUGCGGGCAACGCAAAUCUUGUCAUCUCAAAUAAAAUUUAUAAAUAUUUAUUAUCAAUAUUAUUUAAAACAAGUUAUUUUUAAAAAUUUAAAAUUUCAUUUAAAUCAAAAAUCUUUAAAUAUAAUAGUAAUAUUUUUGAAAAAAUUUAUUUAUUUAUUUUCAAAGUUUUACUCCAAAUCACGUGACAAGUUUUUUAUCCCAACUUGUGAGAAUUAAAAUAAAAAUAUAGAUAAAUAAAUAAAAAAAUAAGCAAAAAUUAGAAAAAUAAAUUUUUAUAAAAGUUUAGUGAUUGGUUAUUUAUAAUGAUCCAAUUGUUGUAUUGAUCUGUUUGAUCCUGUCAUAGCAAGAGUUUAAAUUAUAAUUUUUAAUUUAAAAAAAAAAUACGUUAUUGCCAAGAAGAAAAAUAAUAAUAAUAUUUUGGCAUUAUAACAAAUUAUAAAAAUAAAUAAAAUAUUUAAAGAAAUAAAAAUAUUUAGUGAAUGAGCGGGGUGGGUGAGUGUGGUUUGAUAAGUGACGCCUGCGUGUCUAUGCGAGUGUGUUUUGAUAAUUUUUGCUUCUCGUCGCCGCAGCCAAGGCUCGCCGACGAGGAAGACUCAUCACGUUUACAAAAUACAAUAAUAACAACAACAACACCAACAACAACAACAACACAAAUUAUUGAAACAACAAGUGUACAAAAUACCGGCACAAUACUGGCAUCAACAAUUGCUGAUAAUUUUGGGUCCCAAAUGAUUGGGCCCAAUCAAAUUAAUACAAGAUUAACAACAUCAAUGGAUACACUACGUGAUUUACAAGAAUUGUUACGUAUUAAAGAUGAAAAAAUUGAUGAAUUAGAAAAUUUAAUUUGUCAAAAAGAUGCUGAAAUACAAGAUUUACGUAGUCAUCUUGAUAAAUUUCUUAGUGUAUUGCCAUUUAAAUCACCAUUAACACCAACAAAACCAAGACCAAGAAAACAACGUGCACAGGGUAUAUCAGCUGAACCACCAUUACCACCACAACAUAAUGCACCCCUUGUUUUUUACGACAAGAAUGAAAGGUCUCGAGAGCUUAUUAAAGCAGCUAUUUUGGAUAAUGAUUUUAUGAAAAAUUUGGAGUUGACGCAAAUACGAGAAAUCGUUGAUUGCAUGUAUCCAGUAUCAUUUCCAGCUGGUUCAAUUAUCAUCAGAGAAGGAGAUGUCGGUUCAACGGUUUUUGUUAUGGAAGAGGGAAAGGUUGAAGUAUCUAGAGAUGGAAAAUAUCUCAGCACCCUUGCACCAGGUAAAGUACUUGGUGAACUUGCAAUAUUAUAUAAUUGCAAAAGAACAGCAACAAUAACAGCAGCAACUGAUUGUCAAUUAUGGGCAAUUGAUCGUCAAUGUUUUCAAACAAUUAUGAUGAGAACUGGUUUAUCAAGACAAGCUGAAUACACAGAUUUUCUCAAGAGUGUGCCAAUAUUUAAAAAUCUUCCAGAAGAGACACUUAUUAAAAUAUCUGACGUUUUAGAAGAGACAUUUUACAACAAUGGUGAUUAUAUUAUUCGUCAAGGUGCACGUGGUGAUACAUUCUUUAUAAUUAGUCGAGGUCAAGUACGUGUAACAAUAAAACAACCAGACACAACUGAUGAAAAAUACAUUCGUACACUUGGUAAAGGUGAUUUUUUUGGUGAAAAAGCACUUCAAGGAGACGAUUUAAGAACAGCUAAUAUUGUUGCUGAUGAUCCAGAAGGUGUUAGUUGUCUUGUCAUUGAUAGAGAAACAUUUAAUCAACUUAUUUCAUCACUUGAUGAAAUUAGAACAAGAUAUAAAGAUGAACUUGUUGAACGUAGAAGAUUAAAUGAAGAAUUUCGAGAUUUACGUCUUCAAGAUCUUAAAUCAUUGGCAACUCUUGGUGUUGGUGGUUUUGGUAGAGUUGAAUUGGUACAAAUAAAUGGUGAUUCAUCACGUUCAUUUGCUCUUAAACAAAUGAAAAAAUCUCAAAUUGUUGAGACACGUCAACAACAACAUAUCAUGUCUGAAAAACGUAUUAUGGGUGAAGCUGAUAGUGAAUUUGUUGUUAAAUUAUUUAAAACAUUUAAAGAUAGAAAAUAUCUUUAUAUGCUGAUGGAAGCAUGUCUUGGUGGUGAAUUAUGGACAGUACUUCGUGACAAAGGAUAUUUUGAUGAUAGUACAACAUUUUUUGGAUUUUGUUGGCAUUUGAUUAUUUACAAGCAUUUGAUUAUUUACAUUCAAAAUAUUAAGUCCAGAAUCUUCUUCUUGAUAGUCGAGGAUAUGUUAAACUUGUUGAUUUUGGAUUUGCAAAACGUCUUGAUGGUGGAAGAAAAACAUGGACAUUUUGUGGUACACCUGAAUAUGUUGCACCAGAAGUUAUAUUAAAUAAAGGACAUGAUAUAAGUGCUGAUUAUUGGUCACUAGGUGUACUUAUGUUUGAACUAUUAACUGGUACACCACCAUUCACUGGUUCUGAUCCAAUGAAAACGUAUAAUAUUAUAUUAAAAGGAAUUGAUGCUAUUGAAUUUCCAAGAACAAUUACUAAAAAUGCAACUGUAUUAAUUAAAAAGCUAUGUAGAGAUAAUCCAGCUGAGCGUCUUGGUUAUCAAAAAGGUGGAAUUAGUGAAAUUCAAAAACACAAGUUA